UAUGGGCAGUAACAACUUAUGUUGACAUCGCUCUUGAAUUGAUGUGGGAGUAGAUUGCGCUGCGCAGUGCGCACGGUAAAUCUUUAAAAACCGACCGAAGUAAACAAACUAAAUAAUUUGAAUGCCAGCUCCCAUUGGAUUACGUUACACGCAUGCCAUCCAAUUGGGUUCUAGGCGUGGACUAUGAAACUUAAUAAAACAAGCAUGGACGAAGUUUCGGCCUCAACGAUGGACCCUUACCAAAUAUACAGCGUUAGGACGUUUGGGAGGAAAGAUAAUGCUGCAUAUGAGCUUGUUGGAGGCUCUCCUCCGCCACGACCAGACUCCGGUUGUUCCACCGCCUCGGGGGAAGAAUGGACGGACGGCGAUAGCACAAAAAGCAGUGAAUUCUACAAAGAUCAAGCCAGUCCUGUCCUAAAAGAACAGCUAUUCACCAUUGGAAACUCCGCUCCAGUGACUGUGUGCCGCGUGGAGGGGCCGGGGAAGUUUUGGUGUCAGCUGAGUCAGAAUGCUAACCGUCUCAAGAAUCUCAUGGAGGACUUGCAGAUCUUCUAUGCGCGAAACAGACCUGUGGCACCAAGUGGAUCAGCCUGUGUAGUUCGUCACCCGGACAGCGGCUUGUGGCACAGAGGAAACGUAGUCAAGCUCCAGUCGUUCCCUUAUGUUGAAGUGCAAUUUGUGGACUACGGUCAAACCCAUAGGGUAAUGCAUCAAGACCUACGCCCCCUGGAUUCGUCUUUCGCCACACUCCAGUGCCAGGCUUUUCAGUGCAGAUUGAUCGACGUAAAACGCCCGUCGUCCCUGAUCUCACCAGAAUGGGGAGAGGCUGCUGUCUCCAAAUUCUGCACUUUUGUGCAAUCGGCAGGUUCAUCUGGUUUGACGUGCACAAUAUAUGGAGUAAUGUAUGAUCCGGAAGGUGUGGUGAUAAAUCUUGUAGACCUGACCACUUCCUUUCCUUUGGAUGAAUGCCACAGCGCCUCAGCAUCCAUAUCAGAGAAAUCCUCAGAAUACAUUGCACCUGAACUAAAGGUGGGAUCAGAGGAGCAGAUAUUGAUAACGUGCGUGAAAGAUGUCCAUUCAUUCUAUGGACAGCUGGUCAGACAUGCAAGUGAGAUUGACAAAUUGAAUGAGGAGAUACAGUCUUUCUGUUGUCAGCAACAAGUACAAGGCAGCAGCAAAUGCUCCUUCAUUCCUGGAGCCCCAUGCUUUGCAAAGUACACUGACGGUCAGUGGUACAGAGGACUGGUUAAAAAAACACAGCCCGUUGUCAUGGUCCAUUUCUUAGACUAUGGGGACAUUGUGCCUGUAAAAUCGUCAGACUUGCGUCCAGUUCCUGAUGAGGCAAGGGAAAUCAUGUCUGUUCCCAAUCAAGUCCUUGAGUUUAACUUGGCCAAUGCUCCUACAGACACAAGCACCGAGGUCAACAAAUGGUUUGACAAUAACGCCACCGGUAAACACUUCACAGUCAAAGUGUCAGGAAAAUACCCUGAUGGAAAAUGUACAGUGGAACUCUUUGAGGGCAAAUUAAACAUAAACCAGGCUGUUCAGGAGAAAAUCUGGAAAACAGGAUGUGGCCCUUUGAGAGCACCGCGCCACUCAAGACCACCGACGUCCUACGAUUCGUUUGCCUUAAUAAACAGCGAGGCCUUUGUGCCCAGAGUAUCACCCAUGGGCAUCUGUACAAGUCAGCCAACAGACUCAUCCUCUCGGAGUGGAAGAGGAACCUUUUCUGGAAAUGAAAACAACCAGUAUGAUGGAACCUCAUCGGGCACCUUUCCCACACAUCAGAAGUUUGAGAAACCGUCAAAUACGCCAACGCAGCAUGAGGGCGUGUCUGUGUGUGCCUUAACCCCUUCAUAUUAUGCCUGCACCGCUGAACCUCUACAGACACACAGUACCGUUUUUGAAAGAGGCGUUUGCAACUCUCCUGGCCUAUAUAAGACAUCCUUCCCCAUGCUGGCCAACCUCCCACACCCACCCAUCACACCAGGUCUCGUAACAGAGGUGUACAUUUCCCACGUCAACUCGUUGGACAGUUUGUUUGUCCAGUUGCUGCAGGAUGAAGAUAAAACACACUCUCUUGUGACGGAGCUGAAUGCAGGUCAGCCAUGUGCCGACCCGGUGGACCUGGUGACUCUACGGGAGGGAGAUGUGGUGGCGGCCAUGUUCCCUGAAGACGACUGCUGGUAUCGUGCUGCGGUGAAGAAGGUGAACGAGGACGACUCCAUCCUUGUGGAAUUCAUUGACUUUGGGAAUCGCGCAACAAUCACGUCCAACAUGAUACGACAUCUGAAAAAGUUUCUGCAAACACCCAGACUAAGUGUUCACUGCAGUUUUGAAGAUGUAGAUGAUGUAGGCGUUGUCAAAACGCCCGAUGAAACAACCAAGCAGUUGGAAAGUAUAGCUAGGGCCGAAGAGCUCAAGAGGAUGACAUGCAUGUUUAUAAAUUGGACUGGCCUUGUUUGGAGGAUUGCUUUUCUGGAUCCAGAGACCAAGCAAAGACGCUCCCUAUCGUGCCUGGAUGGUACCUCACCUUUGUCCUCAGGAAACCACCACACAACAAACACAGCAGUUGCUUCGACAAGCAGCACCCCCUGCCCACCCCAACCCUCUUCGGCGCACUUGGACUACCUGGCAGAUCUGCCGCGUAAAGGCAUCAGACAAGGAGUACUAACCGACGUCUACAUCUGCCACGUGAACUCGACAGACAGCUUUUUUGUACAGUUGGCAGAGGAUGGGGACUCCAUUGGUUGCCUUGUGGAGGAAAUGAAUCAAGCAAACCAGACAUGCAAUCAGCCUCAUGUGAGUGCGAGAAGUUUACAGGUGGGGGUUGUGGUGGCUGCCAUGUUCCCUGAAGACGAGUCCUGGUAUCGUGCCGUGGUCAAGAAGGUGAACCAUGAUGAUGAUGAAUCGGUCCUUGUGGAGUUCAUCGACUUUGGGAAUGAAGUAACCGUCAGCUCCAGCCUCCUGAGAACGUUGACGAAGAGACAGUUGGACGUUCCUAGAUUGUGUGUUGAAUGCCGUGUGGAUUUUGGCAACGGCUGCCUCAACACUACAUCCAAGGAAGACCUUACUGCCAAACUGAGGGCUUAUACACAGGGAGACGGCGAGAGGUUGUCGUGUCUAUUCGCUGCACAGUUUGACCAUUUCUGGGAAGUGAUUUUUGAGGAACCUUGCAGCGCUGCACUGGAAAGCAACCCUGUGGAUUUUCCUCGCACUGCAGACAUGGCCAAUUGCAAUUGCCAAGACCACGCCACUGACAUCUCCAGCCUCUCUAAGCUGUCCCUGGAAUUAUUCCCCAAACUGAGAGAUCUGCCCCCUAAUGCUAUAACGCCUGGGCUUGCAGCAGAAGUUUACGUCAGCCACGUCAAUUCCCAAACCAGUUUCUAUGUACAGCUGAUCAAGGAUGAGGAUGCCGUUCAAUCUCUCGUGGAGAGGCUGAAUUCAGCGAACCCGUGCAAUGGCCCAGAGAGUGCGAGCGCUUUACAGGAGGGCGAUGUGGUGGGCGCCAUGUUCCCUGAAGAUGACUCCUGGUAUCGUGCCGUGGUCAAGAAGGUGAACGAGGAUGACUCUGUCCUUGUGGAAUUCAUCGACUUUGGGAAUGAGGCCACUGUUACGUCCAGCAAAAUAACAUACUUGGAGAAGAGCUUCCUGAAUGUUCCAAAAUUCAGCGUGCACUGUCGCCUUAGAGGCGGCUCCAGUUUGACUGCUGAUGAGUUGAUGGCGAUGUGUAAUGAGGCCCUUGAUGGAAAUCCCAGGAAAAUUGGCUGCUUGUUCAUCAGGGAGACUGACGGUGACGUUUGGGAGAUCCAGAAUCUUUAACUGAUAGUAGCCAGCAAUGCAACAUCACUGAUGAAACCAACUACAGCAGCAUCGGGAAUCACUGGAUGACAUUUGGGCCAUUAUGGAUGAAAAAUGAAAUGUUUUUGCUUUGUUUUGCUUGUUUAUUAUCUUUUUAAGAACCUUACAACAAUUGUGAAGGAAUAUUGAAGAUUUGCCUAUCUACUCACAGAAGUACUUGCUGUGCAAGCAUGGUGUGUGGAAACUAUUUGGGAACUAUUUCAGUUGCUAAUUAUUGUGAAAUGAAUUAUUCAAAUAAAGUCAUUGUGUGAAAAAUA